UCUCAAGUAUUCUCAACAAUCACGCAUCUCGACGCCAUUUCCAUUUUCCAUCCUCUCUCAAAUUCCCUAGAUUCUAAUGACAAGGGGAAAAAAAAUGAAGCCUUAUGGAUUCUCUUUUGUAACGUUACUGAGCCUGGCGAUUGUACUCUGCGGGCUCUGCAAGUUAGGGUUUUGCCGAGAAGAUCCAUUAAUUAGGAUGAAGCUCGGCGAUUUCGAUGGCUCUCGGAACGAAAACGCCGAAGCCAUCGCUCGCUUCGCUGUUCAGCAACACAACGAACAGCAGAACGCGCUUCUUGAGUUCGCUAGGGUUUUGUCAUCCAGAGAGCAGCUUGUUGCUGGGAAGAUAUAUCAUCUGACAUUGGAAGCCAUUGAUUCGGGAAAAAGAAAUAUAUACGAAGCUAGGGUUUGGGUGAAGCCAUGGAUGAACUUCAAGCAAUUGCAGGAAUUCAAAUUUGCGCAUGACGUUCCGUCCUUUACUUCUUCAGACCUCGGCGUUAAACCAGGUAAUUGAAGAUCAUGUCAAAUUUGAGUUACUUCUGAAGGUGAAGAGGGGGAUUAAGGAAGAGAUAUUUAGGUUUGACCUGAAUAAGAACUUUAUAGGAUGGUACUGUCUGAGUCGGGUGGAACAAGCUUAUUCCUGAAUCAAGUUAUUCUCAUUGUAUAUAUAUGUAAGUAUUACUUGUGAAUUACUGUAGCUUACUAUCUAUUAGAUGUGAUACAUAAAAAGUUGAUAGGAAAGGCUUUAAAAGUUGGUAAAAUGCGUUGAGAAUUAGCCAACGCCUGUAUAUGUGUGUGUGAAAACUAAAUCCUAUUACUUGCUUGUAGAUGAAUUUCAGCUUUUGCAACCAUGUAUGAUUUAUGUUGACAUGUUCUUUUCUUUCA